AUGCAAAAACUUGCUCUUCGCAUUUUAGGUCGUUUUUCUCGAAAGACCUUUAUUCGCAGCGCCUGGAAAAAUCUAAACAGUUUAAGCGAGCACGAUGAACUUUCGGAAGCACUUGAUACCCUAAUAUCCAUGUCUCAUGAAGAAAACGAGUUUAUCGAACUCAUUACAGUUAUUGUCGAUGUUCUUUCCGAGGCACCUAUGGCUUCUGCUUUCCUGUGCCACAUAAUUGAUAGUGCGGCACUCCCUUCUAAAGAAACUUCUUACAAAAUAACAACACGAUUACUUCAGAAACUUAAACCUGGUUUGUGUAUAUAUCGAACGAAAUCUAAAAGACGUACUCGUAUAAAUGCGGCUAUAAUUUGGAGUGUACUCGCCGAAAAGUUAGCAGGCGAAAUUAGUUUAUCUUUAUUUUCAGAUAAUGUUUGUAUUACAUUAAUGGAUUAUCUCCAAUAUGGUACUGAUCCGAACGUAAGGUUAUUUGCCUUGAUAGCUCUUGAAAAAUUUGGCAUAACUGGACAAAACAAAGAAAAAAUCAUGUCGUCUGGACGAGAUAUUCAAAAGAUUUUAUUGAGUUUAGUUAAGGAAUUACAAAUAAACGAAAAUCCAUCUGAUAAUUCCACUCGUCGAAGACAAUUAAAGUUUUGUGUAGAAUGGGCUCUAAAGAAUACUUUUGAUUCCGGAAAGCAUGAUUUAGAAGAAAAUUCCAUAAAUCCCAAUAUUAAUGUUAUGUUAAAUCCUAUGGAUGCUACGGCACAUUGGAAGAUUUCCCCUCAUGGCUUAGAGAUAAGGAAUGACUAUUCAUCAUUUGAAUCAAUACGUGCAACUAUGGGAGUAUCAUCGGGGAAAUGGUUUUAUGAAGCAAUUUUGCUCACAAAUGGAAUUAUGCAGAUUGGGUAUGCGACUAAACGUUGUAUGUUCGGCCCUGAUGAAGGUACUGGUGUCGGGGAUGAUCAGUUUGGAUUUGCAUUUGAUGGUUGCAGAAAUGUUCUAUGGGCAAACGGCGUAUCUACUCCAUAUGGUGGGAAUGAAUCAUGGAAACCUGGUGAUGUUGUUGGUGUAUACAUGGAUAUUGGCCUUUGUUGCGUUCGAUUCUACUUAAAUGGGAAAGAUUUGGGCAUAGCUUAUCCUCUAAAUCUUGCUCAAUUUCGAAGGUUGGCAGAAAAUGGAUUGCAUCCCGCCCUUUCUUUUACUUCGUAUCAACAAGCCAUUAUUAACUUUGGGGCCGAAAAAUUCCGUCAUCCACCUCCCUCGACAUUUAAUUAUCAAACGCUUAAUAGUCGUGGUCAAUUAUCACCUGAACUACGUGAUUCAAUACAAAAAAGAGAAUGGAGAAUGUCACGUUAUCGACCAAUAUCUGUAGGUUCCUGUUGGAAACAACAAUUAGAAGAUACGGAUGAAGAUUUUGAUGCACAAUGUUCUAUUUGUUUUGCAAUGCCUCCCGUCAUUACGUUGGGACCUUGCAAUCACGAUGGAUUUUGUCCCACUUUGUAG